CCCUGGGGUUGUGUCAUUGACAGCUUUUUUGUUUAAUUCAAAUUGCAGCUUCAGAUGAGUUAAAAUCUCUUCAAGUGGCUAUUUGCUGGCAGUUUCCUAAGCUGAAGGGAAAGCUAAGAAACUUCAUAACUUUCUCUACAAAGGCAAAGAGAGGAAAUCUUUAGGCAUGUCUAGGCAACUAAACAGGCCCGUGAGAGAUGAUAGGACAAAUAUUUCCAGACUCGUUCGUCUUAUCCACAUUGAGCACAACUACAACUACGUUUCUCCCAAGGAAUCUUUUGGUACCAAAUCCCGAUUGCCACCCAGACGGACCCUACGCCAGAUGGUUUGUUCCUUGCAUGACAUCCUGAAUCCCGGACAGUUGGGCCAACUUUCUGUGGCGGAUUUGAAGGAGCAUGUUCGUAAGGCGUAUGUGAUUUUGAGGCGAUUGCGUCGAUUCCUGGCCAGCAGUCGCAGAUUCACGGACUUCAAACCACUGCCUCGUUUGGAGGAGGCUAUUGUGGAGCACCUGGCCCAAGAGUUGAGUUGCUCCACCAGGUUUUACGAUUGUCCAGAUGGGAGGAGGUAUUUGGUUGUCUAUAGGCCGGGUAUCGGACCCAAUCCCCUGGAGCUUAGGGCUCGGGACGGAGACUUUAGCUUCGGCUUGGAGUUGGAUCCAGUGGAUGAGGCAACAGAAAUGACUAGAAUCCUCUUUCGCAAGAAAAAACUCUACUUGGAGCAGAAAUCGCAUCUGGAUGAACGCCAGCUGGCUGAGUACUCCUGUCGUUUGGGUCGGAAAAUUCUUGAGCAAUUCAAUGCUAACAGCCAGUCCAUCUGGCAGCGUAAGCGAGCAAAGCAAAAAGGGAAAUAGAAUUUAUAGUUAUGUUUAAUUAUUUUAUAUAUAUUAUUAAUAUUCCAAAAUUACAUUCAAUUUGUGCAACUAA